AUGAUAAUCAAUCAUCGAACGAUUCGAAUGAAAUUGAUAAAUUACGAAAAGAAUUAUUGGAAACAAAAGAAAAAUUAAUGAAAUUUAAAAAUUUUGUCGUUACAUUACGUGAUGAACGUAAUCAAUUAAAAGAAAAAGUAAACAAUGAUAACAUUGUGAUUGAAAAAUUAAAAUCUUCAUUAAAAAAUCAAGCCAAUACCAGUCAAUUAUUUCAUAAUUUUCAGCAAUUACAAAACGAAUAUGAUAAAAGUCAAGAUGAAAUUGAACAAUUAAAAAAACGAUUAAAACAUUCGGAUAAUGAUCUAUUGAAAUGUUUAAAUGAAAUGAAUGAAUUAAAAUUAAAGAAUAAUGAACAAAAAGAAGAAAUUCAAUCAUUAAAACAUCAACAAACACAACAAGAAUCACAAAUUGAUCUGCAAAAAGAAUCGAUAAAAGAAUAUGAAAGCAGAAUAAUUGUUUAUGAAACAAAACUUUUGGAAAAAGAUCAACAAAUUCAAGAUUUUCAAGGAAAAGUUAACGAAAUAAAUGAUUUACAAAAAGAAUUACAAAUUAAAAAUGAUAUGAUUGAGCAAUUAUCUCAACAAUUAUCUGACCAAACUGAGCGAUUAAAACAAAAUUCCAAUCAAAUUGAUGAACAAAAUCGAAUGAUUGAAAAAUAUUCAAAAUUGGAAAUGGAAAAUGCAAAUAUUGUUGAAAAAAUUACCGAAAAUAAACAUAUCAUUCAGAAUAAUGAAAAAGAAAUGGAAAAAUUUCGACAAAAUGAAUCGGAAUUACGUGAAACAAUUGAACGAUUGGAAAAAUCACUGAAUGAUUUACGUUUAUCCGGAUCGGAAAAAAUAAACAAUUUAGAAUUGGAAAAUUAUGAAUUGAAAAAUAAAUUAGAAUUAAGUGAAAUGGAUCUACGAAAUAAUCGAGAAAAAUUUGAUGAAUAUAAAUCAAAAGUAGCGAUUGCAUUGAAAGAAAAUAAAUCAUUAAAUCAUGGUGAUUAUAAUCGUCAAUUAGAAUUAUUAAAUUUAAAAUUGGAAAAUUUUGAACAAGAAAAUCAAAAAUUACGUAAUGAAUCGGAAAAAUCGACAGAUUUAGUUGAAAAAUUAAAAUCAGAAAUAAGUGCAAUGACAGCGAAAUUAUCCGAAUCAAAUAAUCAACUGAAAGACGUGGAAAAAUAUCGACAAAAUCUCCAACAAUCAACUAGCGAAAAUGAUCGUCUAAAUCAGCUAUUAAAACAAUUACAAAUAUCAUUUGCACGUGAACGUUUACAAAUAUCGGAUACGAAUCGUGAACAGAUGGAAAAAUUACGUUUAGAAUAUGAAAAUAAAAUUAAAGAUUUGGAAGAAGAAUUAUCGAAUCAUCAACAACGAAUCAAUCAAACAAAUCAAUCAUCAUCAUCACCGCCAUCUGAUGAUUCAAAUUCAAUAAUCAAUUCGAAUACAUCGUUCGAAGAGAUAAAAGAUGAAAAUCUAUCCAUUCGAUCGAAUGUAUCAUCAAGUUUGGAAAGAAAUUUUCUUGAAGAAAUUCUAACCGAAUCAACAACAAAAUCACCAUCAUCAACAGUUAAUGAUAAUGGUCAAAUUGUAAAUGGACAAAAUUUUGAAAAUCUAACACAAUUAUUGGCUGAAAGUGAAAAUAAUAUCAAUUUAUUAACCGAACAGAAUCGUUUGUUGAAAGAAGAAAUUCGUCGUUUGAAUCGUAGUUUUGAUCGUAUCGAUAUAGCAAAUAAUCUUGAAUAUUUAAAAAAUGUUCUUCUUAAGUUUCUUACGAUUAAACGUUCGGAUGAAAAAGAACAAUUGAUUAAUGUUUUGAGUACAAUACUUAAAUUAACUGGCGAAGAAACGGCUAUAUUUUAUGAAUUUUUAUCUGAAAAUUUCAAUAGUAGCAAUAAUCAAAAUCAAAAUAAUAACAGUAGCAACAAGUCAUUAACCUCAUCAUGGAAUCUAUGGCAAUGGUCUUGAUAGACAAACUAACAAACAAAACGACACGUUCCAUUCAAGUUUUUAUCAUCAGCAGCCGGAUUCCCUCAGUUCAUUUAUUUAAAAUUAUUCAUUUUCUUUUUUUUAAUU